GCGUAUUCGAUGCACUUUUGUUCGAAGUGCAUUUUGUUCUUAUGGUCGUUCGUGGCUCAAAGCAUCGGUCGUAGAACGCAGUUUAUAUUGGUUUUCGUGUGGUUAAAAGUAAUUAAACAUCACUCAGAGAUCCUUAUCAGGUUGAAAUUAGUGUUUCGUCAUAUUGUAUAGAGUAUUUCGGUUGCUCAUAAACAUUUUUCUAUGCCUUAAAAAUCGGGUGAAUUGUGUGUUUACGAUUUUACAUGGAGAAAAUUCGGAUUCCAUCUGCUUAGUAGCGAGUGAGUGAGAAAAAUGUUGGUUUCUAUUAUGCUGGUGGAAAUAAACGGGAUAGUGAAUGUCGGAGGUGUGUGUGGCAAGUUUCUAAAAAAAUAAAUGCGAUCGUUUUGACUUGUUUUGAUCGGUCGGUAAAAGUAAGUGGCUUCGGUGAUAUAACGUCAUCACCACUUUUCGCAAUUGCAUUUCUACACCGCAGUAGCAACCGGGGAAAUUUUCUUUUCAAUCAAGUUUUGCAUCUAUUGAGGUUUAUUUUCUUCCAUACCAUCAAGUGGAUAAACAAAUCGUCAAGGUUACGACAAGUUCGGGAGUGCAUAACUGGACAGGAAAGAUUUCUAAAAAUAUCACCACGAACCUGUUCAACAGAAAAGCGGAAAAUUAUUAGAUGUACUUUACCCACCGACUGAACUGAACGGUGCAGGAAAGCAACAAUAACAAAAAUAUAAUCUCGCAAAGCGAAAAGAAAGCAAAUUGUUUUGGGAGACUCUUGACACUGGAGCAUCCAUUGUCAGUCGUAGAUCAGCUGUGCUCGCGUACAGAACUAUCUGGAAAGGUACUGAAUUCGCGGAAAGUCGGGUGGUAGCUAUGGCCAGAAGAUCAUCGUUCAGAUAUAUAACAUUCAUUUUGACCUGCAUGUGCAGCCGUUAAUACCGAACCUACGUGUGUGGUUUCUGCUGCAUUCAAUAUCAUCCUACUAAAACAUCAAACUCAUCUUCAUCUAUCUUUCGGCGACGAUCCAUCUGAGUCCUUCAAAAAUAUCCCAAAUAGAAAUUCCGGAAGUAAAUUAUCAUCGAGUAUGGAUAAAGCCUUUUCGUAAUGUGAUAUAGUGUGAUAUAGCGCAAAAUUAUCAGCUAGCAGACAACUGAAUAGCAGGCAAUAAGAAGUAUACACUCUUUUUUCCUAAAUUCAGUAUAUACUCACUAUUCCUGCUUGUUCGCGCGGUUUGAGCGUUGUGUUGUGUUGGAAUCGUCUCAAGUGUGAAUGUGUGUAUUCGGUAAUUUCCACUGUUGGUAAUUUCUGACUGUGGUUAGUGUAGAUGUCUCUGACGGAUCACAGCCCGUUUUUAAACAUGACUCCGGGAGGUACAAACAGAAUGACGCGUGGUAAGCUGGGUUCGGCGCUAGGCGUUCCUGGUGCGGCCGGUAGCAGUGGUGGUAUUUGCAGCGAGGAACGUAAGCGAACCGGUGAAACGAUCCAUUCCGGUCAGUUUAUGGUUUCGCAUUUUGAAACCGAAGGCCAGGAGGAUGAGGAUGAUGAUGAUUUGGGAAUGCAGGUCGUUGUGGAAGAUGUGAAACCGGCUAUAGUGGACACCGUGAUUUCCAACAUCAUAUCCAAACGAAAUCCCUAUCUGUCGAUGGAUACGACGGGGGGCAGCUCGAACACAAUCGUUCCGAUGCGUAGUGGUCCCAGCGGUACGGAGCUGAUUCGUUACGCACAGAAACGGCAACCGCUGCAGUUGACUGGUCGCUACACCUGUUCCCAGGUCGAGAUCGACACGGACUUGUCGACGGUGUUUAACACUCUCAACGUUACCUACACACAAAAACUGACAUCUCCCAAAUGGAAUCCGUUCAAGGGCAUCCGGCUACGUUGGAAGGAGAAAAUUCGCCUAAACAACGUUAUCUGGCGAUGCUGGCACAUGCAAUUUAUCAUGAAACGAAAAACUCUAGUCUGUCAAUUUGCAUCUCCUCUAGACGUAGACGUGCACAAUACACCUCAGGCCAUCUUACUCGAAGGAAAAUAUUGGAAACGGAAGUGCAACGUUAUUAAGGCAGAGUACAAAAAAUGGCGUCGAUUUUAUGUGAACAAAGUGCUUGGUGCAACUAACAUCGCAGAUACGGCUAGUGAAUUAGACUUUUUAGAAUGGUCUCCGAGCAGUGAACCACUGUUUAUGAUUACCGAUAAUAUGCCCACGGAUACCCUGUUCUCAACCCUAUCGCAGUAUCCAUUUCCCGAUUCUAGAGAAAUAGCACGCGGAGCUGGUAGAGCAGACUUCAUUCAGCCAAGCCUCGGUCCGUUGCAGCCGAAUCUUGACGAUUUGAUGGACUUAGAUUUAGAUUUCCUUAACUUUACACGAUUGGCCCCAGUGCCCGAGGAGGGAUCGGAAGAUAUCCUGAAGGCAAUUGAUUACAAUUAUCCAUUAGCUUCUAAUCAAGCGAACAGCAGCAGUAGCAUUCAAGAUAUUACAGAUACAUCUGCGAGUGCAGCUGAACAACAAACAUCCACACGACCCAGUGGUAAUACCAGUUCUGUGAUUACGGGGCCUGGUGCCCUGUUGAACCUAGGGCAGCAGCAGCAGCAACAGCAAACAACCCUAAACUCUAUUGCCCCUGCCGCAAUCCACUAUUCAGCAAAAAUUUUUACACAGAACCUCAACGUGAGCGGCGAUUCAACGACAUCUUCUGUGUCGAGUGUGUCUCCGCAACAGCGUCAACAAUUGAGUAACGCAAUAGGAUCUUAUAUAUCUGCUCAACUUCAACAGCCGAUUAUAACGGCCAACGUACCUGUUGCAUCUAGUUCCAGUGAAAAUACAGCUACCGUCAUUCCAGUGGUGACUUCCAGUGAGGAAUCUAUAAAGGACGCAAAGGCGAAGUAUUCUCGCAACUUUCUGAAACAUUUAGGUCGUGAGCCUCACAAUUACGACAAGUGUCCACCGACAACGCAUCAAACUAUGGCGUACAAUCUGGUGCAGCAACCUCAUCUGAACCCAAAUCUUCUCAACAGUGCUGCGUACCCUUCCUCAACGUAUCAAAUUCAACCGGGAGGAAUCAUUCAAAUGUCCGGUACUCCUCCCAAUCAAAAUGUGCUCAGUUACAACAGCCUUCAAAUGCAACCUACAGCAUCUUCACCGAACCCGAUGAACUUGUCCAGUAACUCCGUUCCCGGAAACAACACUCCAAACUAUCUACUGCAGAGCAUGAGUUCAAAAUUGCUAACACAUAGCCAGUCGCUACCGGUGCAAAACAACCAACAAAAGACUCAACCGCGCUCAAACUCGAUGCCCACAGCUCAAAACUAUCCACACAUCCUCGCAUCGCAGAGCUCCCCUCCAGGAAACAUUCACCAACAACACCAACAGGAUGCAUUCAAGGGAUCGUUACAUCCAACACAAAGCUCAAAUUACAAAUUUUACCACAGCCACCAGCCGCAGCCAUACAAAAUUCCUUCCCAGUCUUCCGGCAGCUAUGGUAGUGGUGGUCGCAGUAUGCGACAUUCCUCGCCGCCCCAUGGGCAUCAAUCCCAGGCAGUAUCCCUGAUUCAACAGUCAACGAUAGAACAAACACAGCAGCAAUUGCAAGAUCUCCAGCAACAACAGCUAUCUCCGCAGGCGCAGUCGCAACAAUCGCAACCGAAACGACACCCGCCGCAUCCGACCAAAGAAAUGUUCCGCUCUAACAGCCUGCCCAUUAACGCUACCUUCCCGUUGCCACCGAAGGAGGAAAACUUUGCCGUACCACGGUACCAAGCCAAAUCGACCCCAAAGCUCAAGAAUCGAAGCAAUUCGAUGAUCAUGAAAGCACCCGGUGGCAACAGUGGCAGUGCAAUGGUUGCUAUCGGUAGUACGAAUCUACUGCCAUCGCUACAUACGACCACCAGUGAACCGAUGUUGAACGUUGGUAGCAGUGCGUUGCUAGCCCAGCUGUUGACCAAUAACAAUUCUAGUACCUUACUAAACGCUAAGCAGACGAAUUCGUCAACAAGUGCCAUAGGAAGUCUUUCACCACAGCAGCAGCAGCAUCAGCAACAAUCGCACCAGCAGAUCACGCAACAGCACCAACAGCAGCAGCAACAGCAACAAUCGCACCAAUCGAUCUACCAGCCAAUAUCGUUGGCUGCCUCGAUUUCGCCUACAUCCUCCCAGUUACAGCUCAAUCAGUCCCAGCAUAGUCCACAGCUUCAGACACAAGGGCAUUUGGUUCCCGUGGUAAAUUCAUCGGGGGGUACAUCGGUGCUCAGUUUUGCAUCUUCAUCUCCCAGCGCUGGUAUUUCACUGUCAUCACAGAGCCUUUCACCAGAGUCCGUGCUCGAUCAUGACGCACCGAUGUCACCGGUUUGCAUUGGUGGCCUAGCGUGUGAAGGCACCGGAAGUUGCAGCAGUGGUGGUAAUGGCGGAAGCAGCGGUGGAGUUGGUAACAAGUUCCAUCAGCAGCAAUGCGCUCGCAGUGACAACCAGCGCCGUACAGGGCACAUUCACGCAGAGCAAAAACGUCGGUACAACAUUAAGAAUGGUUUUGAUAUGCUGCACUCGCUCAUUCCCCAGUUGCAGCAGAACCCGAAUGCCAAGCUAAGCAAAGCCGCCAUGCUGCAGAAAGGGGCCGACUAUAUCAAGCAACUUCGAUCGGAGCGGUCAGCUACCAGUGAACAGAUGGACGCACUGCGCAGGGAGAUUGAGGCCCUUAACAAUUCUCUGAGUAACCUACAAACCGCUCUACCAGCCAGUGGUGCUCCGGUUUCACGCCAACGAACCGGACGUGUUAAGGAACUUUACCACCAAUACGUUCGACAGCGUACCCUCGACAAUUGGAAGUUUUGGAUCUUUGGUCUUAUCUUCGAGCCACUGAUGAACACCUUUAACCAAACCGUGUCGGUCGCAAGUCUGGACGAAAUGUGUCGAACCUCGCAGCUUUGGGUCGAUCAACACUGCUCACUAGUUGAACUUAGGCCAGCUGUUUCCAAUAAACUACGACAGUUGUCAACGACGACAGAUAUCUUGUCGGAUCCUCCAACUUCCCUGCACGAAGAAGUAUUGAAAGCAAUUUCCAACUCACUGCCCUUGCCCGGUUCCAAUGGCGACAGUUCUGGAAGUCGAUGUGGAAGCAACGGCAGCAGCCCCAACCGAAACUCUGGUGGAUUACAGUAGACGAACGCCGCAGUUUUUAUUUGACACAUCAGAAAUACAAAUAGUCCAUUUGAAAUCUAUUGGGUGGAAUAAAUUCAGUAGUGCCUUAGUAAAUGCACGACACUCCGUCAGCGCAGGUUGUGCUUCAUCUCACAAGUGAAGAGUUUGGAACUAUCUGAAAAAAUAGAUAUGAUCGCGUAACAAAAUGGUCAGAACAGUUCAACAACUGAGUUACGAUCUCUUGCAGUACAUAUAUCGAUUGCUGGCUAACCAUUUCAUCUGUUUUUAAAAUUAAUUUUGCGGCUUGAUACAAUUACGUGAUCGAUCGCUGAUGCUUUAAACUAAACAUAUGAUUAAAUUGUUUCAUAGAUUGCCACAAAGCACAGCACAGCACAGCACAGCAGUACACUGCUCGGUCAUGCCUCAUAUGAACGCAGAGAGUCACGUAAUGCAGAGCAGCUUCAGUUCCGCCCAAAGGAAUUACUCGGCAUAGCAUUUUUACUGGAUUGAUUAAGCAUGUUUCCAUAAACGGGAAAGAAAUUUACUCAUUAACCCAUUGUUGUGUCAUCACAUUGAUGGUUUUUGUUGGAAAACCACUAAGAGUAUGAUUAUUGAAGUGUCAUACCGUAUCACUUUUUUGUUUGUUGUAUUUUCCGCGGAACAAGUUAUUGUAUGUGCGAGUGUUGAGAAAUCCAGAGCGAAUUUAAUACCGGCUAGUUGAAUAAGUGUAACCACUAUCUAGUGGGUUAAUUAGUUAUUACAUUUUUGCCUAGUUUUAACAAAUGGUAACACAACAUACCAUGUUAGAAUAAGCCAAACAAAAAAGAAUAAAAUAUAUUUUUGAAGACUA